UCAUUUCUCCGUCUGCUCAGCUUCUCUGCCUGCUUCUUUUUUUUGUCACAUCCCUUAAUUCAUCUCUCCUCCUCCUCCUCCUGCCUCGUUUUAUUUCUAAUCUUCAUCUUCGACAUGCUCCUCACGUGAAGUCCGCCAACUUGCAGAGCUCUGUGGAUGCCCAGUUAAAAAUAAUAAAAAAAGGAGGCAAAUGCUCUGCCGGGGAAUAAGAGAAGAAACUACGCACGUUUGCAUCUUUCAUUGAGUGCCUUGGCUUGAACGGAGCAACAGUAUGGAUCUGUCAUUCAUGGCUGCGCAGAUCCCAGUGAUGACGGGAGCCUUCAUGGACUCUUCGCCCAACGACGACUACAGCGGCGAGCACUCGCUCUUCAACUCCUCCGCCAGCGUCCACGCCGCUGCCUCCGCCGCCUCGGUCCACGGCCAGCCGGACGAGCCGCAGUCCAUGUCCAGCGACGCCAUCUGGCUCUGGAUCGCCAUCAUCGCCACCAUCGGGAACAUCGUGGUGGUCGGCGUCGUCUACGCCUGCACUUUCUGAUGAACGGACGCUUAGAAAGACAAAACACCAAAACACACUUCCUGCUUUUUCCGGAUACCUGGACGCUUUCUAGCCCCACUCUCUCUCUCUCUCUACGUCUCUCUCUGUUUCUCCCUCACUCACUGCUUUGGGAUCCCUCAGGGUGUGGAAGUGGUGACACCAGACAAUGACAUAUAGACUACUAUAUUUCUUCAUCAGAGGGGAAGACUGGGACUUGGCUGCAUUCGUUGGCACCGAGCGGUUUUUGGAUGCUAUAACUGGAAGUUUGAAAAAGAAGCUUUUGUGUUUGACUCUUUAGUUAAAAACAGAAACAUCAGACCUGUGCUCCCAACUCAAAGAAUCAAAGGAACAAUUUUUUUUUUUUCAGCUUAAGUUUGUUUCCGUGUUUCUCUUCAGACAACAGCCUCACUUGUUAUGCAGAGUCGAGAAUGGAGAUUAAAUGGGGCUUAAGAUCCAGGUUGAUCCAGGCCAUCUUAAACUUCCACCAGAUAGUUGCUUAGCAAUUUAGAGCAGUGCUGUUUAAUUAUGCGGUUGAACAGAGAUGGUAAAACAUUUAGAAAGUGCUGGGAUUGUUUUCAUGCCAGGCAGCCCUGAGGAUCAGGACAUUAGAGCUCAUUUAAGGACUAAUUUGUGGACGGUGUGUGGACACUGAUCAUCAGUGUAUAUAGUAUCUAAACAAUUUUACUGACAGGAAGCAAAAGACAAACGUAGUUAAAAUCUCAUUAAAAUGGAUUGUGCAUUGUUAACUGAAUUAUACAAGAUAAAUGAUGACUUUAUGAUUAAAUGAGUAGUGUAAAACUAAGUCAAGCCCUUUGAAAUGAAUGGUCUUAUUGUCAAUACUUACAGUAAUAUUCACCAGCGAUUAUUAGAAAAUCGAAUUGUAUUGUUAUGGUCCGUUCAGUCAUGUUUAGAUAUUAUCUACAGAUGUUAACAUAAUACAGUUAAAAGCACAAAUUUAAUCACAAGAUGACGUAAUCAACUGCACCUGAUUAUAUUUUGAAGUAGAUUUUUUUUCUUUACGUACAGCUUGUAAAAGUAUUUAUCAUCACUCUGAAUUCAACCAAGCAGGGCUGAUGUAGUAUUUGGUAAAUGCAUGUGUUCAGAAGUAUUUUCAACACUGACCGGAUCUGUGGUGAACUUUGUGUUAAAUGUAUGCUAAUGUGAGUCUGGAAAGGAUGCCUCGUUUUGAAAUGAAAUGUUGUCAUACAUCAAGCUGUCCCCGCUCGGUAAAUUGUGUUACUGUGGAAUCAGGAGGCAGCCGUCUCCAUGGCAACUAAUCCUCAUCCUAAUUGGGAACAACAACUUUCCUCUGAGACUCAAAGCAUCAACCUGCAAACACAGAGACGAAACGUAUGCUUUUAAUUCUGAGCAUUUAGUAGCAACUAAUUAUAGGGUAACACUUUACAAUAACCAUCAUUGAUAAAUGGUAAACAGAUUAUUAAUGUUUAAUCAUCAUUUAUAAACUGUUUAUAGGCCCUUUAGAAUGGUAAAUACAUAAUUUUUAACUAACUAAAUCAUUUAUAAAUGGCAAAUAGAUGCUAUAUUAAUGUAAGUUUAUAGUUAUUUUACCAUUAACAAACAAUUAAAUUAUAAUUGAUAGUUAAUUAAUAGUUUUAGUUGCACUUAUUAUAACAUUUUUAACACCAUAUUAAGUUUGUUAAUGAUUUUGAUAUUAUAUAGGCUAUCAUAUAUAAUAUAUUAUAUUAUAUAUUAUAUAAUGAUUCAUAUACCUUUAAGAAAUUGGUUGAAAACAUUUAAAGAUUAAAUGUUAUAGCACUUUGUAAAUGGUUAAUAAUUGGUCUAUAAACCAUCUAUAAACAUCACUUAGUUGGUUAUUGUAAAGUGUUACCAAUUACAGGAAUCAUUGCACUGCAUUUACACAAAUAUUGCAUUUGGUAUUUAAUUUUUUAUAAACUCUGCUAAUUAUCUGUGCUUUGCUCACACUGUUUUAUACCCAUUGUUUAAGGAAGCAAGCGAGAACUGAUGAUGAAAAUGUUAAUAAUUAAAUUUUUCUGAAUGUGAAGUCAAAGUCAGUGGGUAGUUUUAUUUUUUAUUGACAAACUGACUGAUCUAUAUAUUUAGAGAGAGAAAUAGACAGAGAGUACUCUUUUUUUUUCCUUCAGUAAACGUAUAUCUCUUCUGGGAUUUAGGAGAUAAUCUCAAUCUGCUUUAGGUUUAAAAAUAUGAACCAGUCUUGUAAACACCAUAUUGUACAUGUUCAAAUGUUCAUACACUGCUGCCUAUUACAAUACUAGCUUACUGUAUCAACUGUACCCAUGUAAGGAGGGAUUUAGACACACUCUGUUAUUAUGAGUAUACUUCUACAAUGUUCAAAGAUAAAGGACUUUUCAAGCCUGUUAUUUUUAAAUAAAUGGUUGAUGAAGAA